UCCAAAAAACCCAGGAGCUGAAUCUUUUCCUCUUCGAUCCCAGUGGUUUAGACCGUUUCGGCAAAAAGACAACAGGCUCAUGGCUCCAAAAAACCCAGGAGCUGAAUCUUUUCCUCUUCGAUCCAUAUCUUACAGGCGUCCUUUCACUAAUUCAUGUUGUAUGCUGAAUUUGAAUUUGAAUUUAAACUAAUUCAAAUCUCAUAUUUUUUCAUAUCAAAGCUCCCUACGCUUGCACAGCCAUAUGCUCCAUUUAAGUGACUCCGACACAUAUUUUGUUUCUUGGCGGCAGAUAUUGAGUUUUGAUGUUGUAUCUGCUUGGUUUGGUUUUCAAUUCACAUCCUCUCAUAUAGUCAUAUUAGUGUCGAUGAAUUUGAGAGGUGGCACAAUAUUGGGUGUAUAUAUUCCAAAGGCGGUCACUCAUUUUCAAAUCAGAGCACGUGGUGAUGAUUAGGAAGGAAUUUAUGGAGAGGAGUUUGGCAGAGGUUGAGGAGAAGAGUAAUAAGGAAGAUUCCAUUAUGAGUGAAGAAGCAAGCUGUUGGAAUGAUAGUUUGAAAACUCAAUGCUCUGUUUCAUCGGAAGGAAUGAACUUUGGUGUCAAUGGAAUAAAACUGUUUUAUUUUAAGGGUACUAUCAUGACAAUUUCGAAGGACAGGGUGAAACCAUCUCCUCUGCCUGAUAGCUGGAAGCUUGCUGAGAUUUUUACCACUGGUAUUGUUCUUGGUAGUUACUUGGCAAUGAUGACAGUUAUAUUCUUCUGGGCUGCAUAUAAAACAAACUUCUUUCCGAAUACAUCUGGGGUAAGUUCACUCGAGAAGACCGCCCACGAUGACUUUAAGAAGCUUGCUUCUGCUAUAUAUCUUCAAAUUGCUACCUUGAUUGCGGUUUAUGCGAACUGGAAUUUUGCUGCAAUCAAAGGAAUCGGAUGGGGGGAUGGGCUGGUGUAAUUUGGCUUUACAAUAUCAUCUUCUACUUCCCCCUUGACAUCAUAAAGUUCAUCAUCUCCAUUCAGGUUAUUCAGAAAAUGGACCUUAAUUGAGUUUUCAGAGAGACAUGGAAUUCCCGUUGUGAAGAUUCCGGACAUUCACAGCCACCACCAAGGUUACCGCUGGGUGUGCCGUGUAUAGGAAUAAGAGAUUAUUCCUAGAGUUAAGUUGAGUUAUCAAUUACAUUAGAUUACAGAUAAGUUGUGUAUUACAAGACUUUACAAACUUAACGGGAGAUUUUUAACUGUGCUAUGGUAGAAAAUUGGUUUAGGACUUUGUAGUUUUGCACAAUUUAAAUCAUCAGAGAGACAUCUCACAAAUAUAAUGAAGAAAAUGGAGGACAACAUAGCGGGGAUUUCAU